GUUCCAUUGGAAAUUAAUGUACUUCUGUUGUACCAAAAUGCUGUCGGUGUGAUCGAGGCAUAAGCUCCACCCCACUGAUAAUUGUGCUAGAAAACAGAUAGGCAAGUAUUCAAGGUGUGUUACACAGAAGAGCAGCACACAGGACAACCAACAAUGCACUUUUUACAGGCAUUGUCCCUGACGUUUGUGGAGAUUGUGUUCAGGGUAAACACUGCCUAUGUCGGGUCAAGCGUAAACUACCUAAAAGUCUGUUCUAACGCUUCGAACACACCGACUGUAUCAUUGCUGCAUAACAUUUUGCGCAGCUAGGCAACUAUACUGAUGCAGGUAUCUUUUGCAGAUGGUAGCAUGCGGUUGCACACAUAGAGGAGAGAAUCAUUUUCACAGUAUCCUCAAAACCGUGUCUUUUUGAAACGACUGCUGACAGCUACAGGGACAUAAACACAAAAAAUGCUGCUUGGAGACAAGUGUCCACAAUAGUAGGAUUGCCAGAAGAAGACUGUAGGAGGAUGUGGAGUGGACUCAGGGACAGGUAUCAGAGAGAGAGAAGGGCAGAGAAAGAGAAGAAGAGGUCUGGGUCAGCAGCUUCAAGCCAGCAGCCUUGGUGCUUCUGCUACAGUCUUUUCUGGAUCCAUUUAUUGUGCCUAUGGCAACGAGUGGCAAUUUUACAGCCAGACCCUCUACUACGUCAUCCACAAGUGUUGUUGCCACCGGUGCAUCAAGACCCUCAACGUCAUCGACAAGUGCGACCACCGCCUCCACCGGUGCAGCGAGACCCUCUACAACGUCUACAUCAUCCACAAGUAUGACCAGCAUCGGUGCAGCCAUGGAAGAUGAUGAAAUGGAGGAAUCACCUCUGGAUCUAGGACCGCCUGAGAUUAUUAUGAACCUCACAGAAGUGACCACAGAGGACCUCGUUGAACAGGAUGUGGCCGAGGAGAGAAACAAUGAGGAACAACGUCACACCAGGCAUCAUCUGAGGUACCAGCCCCCAGAUCCACUCAACUCAUUUCAGCAGAGGCUCCUCCAAGCCCUCGAGAGGGAUGCAGCCCAACCUGAUGUUCACAGGAAAAAGGAUGAAGAGACCCUCUUUGCCAUGAGCCUGGUGCCAACACUGAAGAGGCUGCCUCAGCAAAGAAAAGCAGCAGUCAAGGUUAAAAUGUAUCAGCUGCUUUUCAAUGACAAGUUCAAGGAGAUGGAGUCAAUUUAGCCGAGCAGCUCAAAGGAAGGACAGGAAGAGGAGUUGUCUGGUUUCUGUUUUGACCUCCCUCAUUGUAUCUUUCUUUUCACACACGUCAGUUCCGUUUAAAUUGCCAAUUCAUGAAGUAAUUUAUUUAUAAAAUCUUAGGAUAGCAUUCAUUAUUAGUGUUACAUAGAUUUCUGAAUUGACAGAAUUGAAACUCAUACACCGGAGAAUUCAGAUGCUCUUGUUGGUCUCUAACAAGACUAAAGGUGAAUAUAUUUAUUUCAUUUAAAACCACUUGAAAACCAGGGUGUUGAAACUUUUUGUGAAGUUAUGUUCCAUCGACUGGUCCAUGACGUCCAUGGGCCAUUUGUUUAGCUGUGUUAUGGCUACAUAUUAUUUUCUUUUUUUCAGAGACGGACACACACCUUUCCUCCACUCCUCUGUACCUCAGAUCUCCAGUGCCCUGCCCUCUUUCUCUUUAUGGCCAUGUCUGAAGUUCCCCUACUACGUCUAGGCUUUGAGUAGUGCCUGAAUCUGUCUGCAGUUGUGCCAAAAAUACAUGCUCUUGUUCUCUUACAGAUUACAGGCUACACAUUAUUUAUUUAUUUUUUUACACGCACAUACACACACCUCUUUCAACAGUUUUAUGUUUUUAAAAUUUUUACAACACACAUACCUGUCAUGUUCUUUCCUGUACUUGAAUACUUAUUAAAUUAUAACGUUUUCAUAGUCAGUUGUUUCAUUUGUUUAUUAAUUUUUCAUUUACACUUAAUCUGCUUAUUUCUUCCCUACACCUUUGCAGAUCUAAGACAAGAUAAAAGUAAAAACCUAAUUCGUUUUUUUCCACCUGUAUUUUGUCAGGCCAGUGAACAUGGUGGUAAACUGUACUAUUUGUAUGGACCCUAGGUUACCCUUUCCCUUUCUUAUCAUACUAACUGUAUGUCGUAUAACCUUAAUUAGUGCUCCCGCUCACCUGAUGUACCAUGCCAGGUGUGUAUAACACUGACGUUAAUGGGAGAGGGAAGGGGUUGUUUUAAGGUGUGGUCUUUACUCCCAAAGUUCACUUAAAUAUAACUCCAAAUGAAGAGAGACAAUGAUGCAUAAAGUCAAAAAUGCAAUUUUAUGGACAACGGUGGAUGGUUCUUAAAAUAACCUUUGUGUUAGGGGGCUCUUAAAAGAGCAGUUUCACUCCACGGCAUACUGCCAUGGGACUUCACCUGCUGGCGAUGAGAAGUAGGUGGUCAGCUUCUCCCUCACCUGGAGUGCCUGUCUGGGGGCGUUGUUGGCACCUGCCCUGGUGACAUCAGGUAUGUGACCAUUUGGCGUGCCCAUCUCCAUCUGGAGCGGUCCCUGGAAUGACCUCCGCAGGUAGUUAUAGAGAACACAUGUGGCCUUCACGCAGGCAUCGAAAUUUGAGGGGCUGAGACCAAGCACUCUCCGAUACAUUCUCCUCCAGGCUUCCAGAAUCCCAAAGGGCGCAUUCAAUAACUAACCUUGCCCUGGACAUUCGUUUGUUAAAGAUCCUUACAGGCUUUGGCAAUGGCAGCUGGGGUCCAGCGUAGGGCCUCAUGAGGUUGGGUCUCAAAGGGAAGGCCUCGUCGCCGACGAAGAUGUGGGGAACAGGUCCCAGGUCUUCAGCCCCAGGGAGUAAUGCAGGUGGUGGAAUCUCCAGGGUGCCAUCCUGAAGUGCCUGGCCGAAGGCAGAGUCCCGGAGGGUCCCGCCAUCACUUCCCUUGCCGUAAGCACCAACAUCGACAACACGGAAACAGUAGAUGGCAUCUACUACAGCCAAGAGUACAACUGAAUAUGAACCCUUGUAGCUGUA